AUGUCGACGAUACAGAACCUCAAGAACUUCAUCCGCCACGGCAAGCAGGCCAGAGACGCCCGCUCGCCGCCCGACCAGGCCACCACCCACGUCUCCAACGUCCACGCCCAGCAGCAGCGCUUCCACCAGGGCCAUGGCGCCCACCACCCCCAGCCGCACCACGCCGGCGUGAGCGACCCGAACGUCUACGAACACAAGCCACUGCAAGCCGCCGCAACCCACAAGAACGACUUCUCCGCCGCGGCCGUCGACAAUCGAAAUGUCGCCGCCAAGGCAGGCCACGCCGCGGCCGGUGCCGUUGACGCCCAGCAGAAGAAGGACCAGAAACAGAAAGACUACGACUCUUCUGUCCUCGAGCGCAUCGUUGCCGAAGAGCGCGAUAGCAAAGGCAAGCUCCCGAGAUAUCCUGGUCUGGAACGCUGGCAGCUGGUCGAGAAGAUGGGUGACGGCGCCUUCAGCAACGUCUACCGCGCCAAGGAUACCCAGCACGUCUACGAUCAGGUCGCGAUCAAGGUGGUGCGCAAGUUUGAGAUGAACUCUACCCAGGGCGUUCUGCAUCCGGAUUUCGACAAGAAGGCGCCAAAGGGCGUGGAGCGAGCCAACAUCCUCAAGGAGGUGCAAAUCAUGCGCCAACUGGACCACCCCAACAUCGUCAAGCUCAUCGAUUUCUCAGAAGCACGACAGUACUACUACAUUGUCCUCGAGCUGUGCCCUGGUGGCGAGCUGUUCCACCAGAUUGUGCGUUUGACUUACUUCAGCGAGGAGCUUUCGCGACACGUCAUUACUCAGGUUGCUGAGGCGUUGGAAUACCUGCACGAGGAGGCGGGUGUUGUGCAUCGUGAUAUCAAACCUGAGAAUCUUCUGUUCUACCCGGUACCGUUCAUCCCUACCAGGAAUCCCAAGCCGAAAGGACCCGAGGAUGAGGAUAAGGCCGACGAGGGAGAGUUCAUUCCUGGACAGGGUGCUGGUGGUAUUGGAACGAUCAAGAUUGCCGACUUUGGUCUUUCGAAGGUCAUCUGGGAUAGCCAAACGAUGACGCCUUGCGGAACGGUCGGCUACACUGCGCCUGAGAUUGUGAAGGAUGAGCGUUACUCGAAGAGCGUCGACAUGUGGGCACUCGGCUGUGUGCUUUACACUCUGCUCUGCGGUUUCCCUCCAUUCUAUGACGAGAGCAUCCAGGUGCUCACUGAGAAGGUCGCCCGCGGACAGUAUACCUUCCUGUCGCCAUGGUGGGAUGACAUCUCCAAGUCUGCACAGGAUCUCGUCUCGCAUCUUCUGACCGUUGAUCCCGACAAGCGAUACGAUAUCAAGCAAUUCCUCAAUCACCCCUGGAUCCGCGGAUCGAGUGAGGAGACUUACGCUGCUGCUGACGCACCCCCUCUCGCAACUCCUCUGCACGUUCGCCAGGGCCAAAUGUCCACUGGUGACAAGAGUGCUUCACCAAUGAAGCCUGACUUCACAUACCUCGACGACACUCCCGGCGCAAGUCGACGGAUGGACUUCCGAUCUCCCGGGGCUGUCAAUCUGCGAGAAGUGUUUGAUGUCGGUUAUUCAGUGCAUCGCCAGGAGGAAGAGGGCAAGCGGAGGAAGAACUUUAAGCAAGGCUACCGUGGCGGCAACCCGAUGAACUCGCUCAACGCACUGGAUGAGGAGUACCUGGAUGAUGACGAGGACGAGGGUGUCUCUGCACCUUAUGACCCCAACUCGCAAAAUCCACCGGCCAAGGUACCGAAGUCGGGCGCAGCACCAGACGUUGGCGGCAUGGAGAAGCAGAUGCGGAAUACCAGCUUGUCGGCAGCAGCGCAGGCACGUCAAGCGAAUGCCCCUCGGCAAACGCAGCAGCGUGGGUACGGCCAACAUUCCCCUGAAGUCGCGGCGGCUGCGAAGAGACAAGUCCGUAACAAGGCGGGUGCAUUUGAGCUGAGUCUCGACAACGCCACGCUUCUUGGACGAAGAGGCAAGAAGCCGGAAGCUUCGAGCGGCUUGAGACAUGAGCAGACGGUGCAGUAG